CCGCGCGGCCGCGCCGCCGCGGAGCGUUCGGGGCGCCGCGCUCCAGGGGCCGGGCAUGGAGCUUCGGGCGUUGGGCGCACUCCGAAGCCGGCGCACGUGAGACCCAAGGAACGCCGUCCGGAGCCCCGUGGCCCGGGACGCGGAGAUGUGGGACGCGCAGCCGCCUGUGCCCCGAGGAGCCGCCGCCCCCGGGAUCCCCGGGCAUGGUGCGCGCCCCGGCCGGCAGCGCCCGGAGAAGACGGCGCCCCCCACGCCCGACCCGCGGGACCGGGGCAGCGCCGCGCCAGCCCUCUAGGCGGCCGCAGGGCCACAGCAGCUCCGCCGCCGGCGCCCCCCGGAAACCAUGACCCCCGGCGCGGGCCCAUGGAGCCAUGGCCUAUAGGGUCCUGGGCCGCGCGGGGCCAGCUCAGCCGCGGAGGGCGCGCAGGCUGCUCUUCGCCUUCACGCUCUCGCUCUCCUGCACUUACCUGUGCUACAGCCUCCUGUGCUGCUGCGACGACCUGGGCCAGAGUCGCCUCCUCGGCGCGCCUCGCUGCCUGCGCGGCCCCGGCGCGGGCGGCCAGAAACUUCUCCCGAAGUCCCGCCCCUGCGAUCCCCCGGGGCCCACGCCCAGCGCGCCCGGCGCUCCCAGCGCGCUCGCCGCCGCCGCCGCCGCCGCCGCCGCCGCCGCCGCGUCCGCCCCUCGCCUCCCCGCUGCCAACCACUCGGGCUCAGCCAGGAUGGGCACCAAGCGACUGCCCCAAGCGCUCAUCGUGGGCGUGAAGAAGGGGGGCACGCGGGCCGUGCUGGAGUUCAUCCGCGUGCACCCGGACGUGCGGGCCCUGGGCACGGAGCCACACUUCUUCGACAGGAACUACGGCCGCGGGCUCGACUGGUACAGGAGCCUGAUGCCGCGGACCCUGGAGAGCCAGAUCACACUGGAGAAGACCCCCAGCUAUUUCGUCACGCAGGAGGCCCCUCGGCGCAUCUUCAACAUGUCCCGGGACACCAAGCUGAUCGUGGUCGUGCGGAACCCCGUGACCCGGGCCAUCUCGGACUACACACAGACGCUCUCCAAGAAGCCGGACAUCCCCACCUUCGAGGGCCUGUCCUUCCGCAACCGCACGCUGGGCCAGGUGGACGUGUCGUGGAGCGCCAUCCGGAUCGGCAUGUACGCGCUCCACCUGGAGAGCUGGCUGCGGUACUUCCCACUGGCUCAGAUCCACUUCGUCAGCGGCGAGCGGCUCAUCACCGACCCCGCGGGCGAGCUGGGCCGCGUCCAGGACUUCCUGGGCAUCAAGAGGUUCAUCACGGACAAGCACUUCUACUUCAACAAGACCAAAGGAUUCCCUUGCUUGAGAAAAACAGAAUCAAGCCUCCUGCCUCGGUGCCUGGGCAAAUCGAAAGGCAGAACUCAUGUACAGAUUGAUCCGGAAGUGAUAGACCAGCUCCGGGAAUUUUAUAGACCUUAUAAUAUUAAAUUUUAUGAAACAGUUGGACAGGACUUCAGGUGGGAGUGA